AUGGGGGCUGUGGACCCCGACACCUCUAGAGCCCCAGAUGCCCUAAAUGGCAAUCCACGCCCUCUGCCGCGCCUCCUUCUUUUUAUAGGCUCUAGUUAUUCACUCGGCUUCUCACUGGAGGAGCGAAAGCGGCGGCUUCCAUCUGAUUGGUCGAGGGGUCAAACGCAUAGAAGAGGCUGUUCUGCCUCCACCAACAUGGCGGCAGCCGUGGUUGGGUUGCUGCUUCUGGCCGGGUUCGGUGACACCGGGUUGGCUUCAGCGCAAGACGUUGGCGGUAUUGAAGCUCGGGUGUUAGGACUGCGGCUGGAGGAGGGAAGUGGCGUGUCAAUGAGUGGCGGAGUGAUCAGAGCUCGCCCUGGUUCUUCCUUCCGCCUCCGUCUUUAUGGAUCGGGGCUACGAAAUGACACCUGGCCCUGGGUAUCUAUUGGCAGCCCCACAAACAAGACUUGUUCCCCAGGGCCAGACUCGCCCCUCCAACUGCUGGAAGAGUUCCGAGUGUGUAGCGAGCACUCAGGUCUGGUCACUGUGCGGGCUGUGAAUGAGAGGAAGGACCGAGGCCUCAUGUACCCCCUGUGCACCCGCAAAGGAAACAGCUGGGCCCCAUUCCCCGGCGGAGACACACUCAUUACAGUCCUGGAGGCUGGUGAGGAAGAGGAGAAGCCGCCCUGGCAAGGAGAUGAACCACAGUGUACCAUGGGCUCCUUCAGCUCCAGCUUGUUUAGUUUUAGGGAUGAAGUUUCCCCAGUAGAACCUUCUGAAACCGCUGCAAGGCAUUAUUUGGCUUCCUGGCUCCUGGCUCUUCUUAUUGUCUUGUGUGUCCUUCUGUCUGGCUUGCUCAGGGGGCUUCAGCUCAGCACUCUAAUCCUGGAACCCCCAGAGCUUGGCCUGUUGCGAGAUUGGGGAAGUCCCAGUGAAAGACACGGGGCCACUCGGUUGGACCCCCUCCGGACGCGCUGGGGCGGCUACACACUGAUCUCCAUGCUGGCCCUGUGCUGCCUUACUAACUCUGCAGUGGCCGUUCUGCUGUACCAUGCUAUAGGUUCACUACCUGCAGCCAUAUUCUCAGCAGCUGGAUUGCUUUUAUUGGCUGGUGAGGCGCUACCAGCUGCAGUAAGUUCUCGCUGGGGGCCCGUCCUAGCUCCCAAGUGCCUAUGGCUUACACAUUUCUUCCUGCUCCUGGCAGGGCUCCUCUCAUUCCCUAUGUCAUGGCUUUUAGAGACAGCGUUUGGGCAGGAUCCAAGCUGCAGCCGACUAAGAGUCCGUAUCUUGGAAAUGGCCCGAUGUGGAGACCCCUACAGUGAAUUGGUGAGGGAUGAAUUCAGCAAGGGGGCCCUAAGGAAUAGGACCGUAGAGGAUAUUCUAACUCCGGUGGGUAAAUGUUUUAUGCUUCCCAGUGAUGCUUUGUUAGACUUCAACACCAUGUCCAGCAUCAUGGAGGGUGGCUAUACCCAAAUCCCAGUAUAUGAGAACGAGCGCUCCAAUAUUGUGGAUAUCCUUUAUGUCAAGGACCUGGCUUUUGUGGACCCACAAGACUGCACUUCACUGAGCACCAUCACUCGCUUUUACAGCCAUCCUGUCCACUUUGUGUUCAGUGAUACCAAGCUGGAAGCUGUGCUGGAGGAGUUCAAGAAGGGCAAGUCCCACAUGGCCAUCGUACAGAAAGUGAACAACGAGGGAGAAGGAGAUCCGUUCUAUGAAGUUAUGGGACUGGUGACCCUCGAAGAUGUCAUAGAGGAGAUCAUAAAAUCAGAAAUUUUGGAUGAGUCAGAGGACUGCAGGCACAAAGUAAAAAAGAAGAGGCAGCCAGUACAGCCAAUAGUAAUACCCCGUGGUGGGGAUGACUUGUCCUUCUUUAGAAGCUCAGAAGCCGAACAGAAGGUUAAAAUGUCGCCCCAGCUUCUGCUGGCAACACAGCGCUUUCUGACUCAGGAAGUGGAUCUAUUUGGUACCUCCAGGGUUUCAGAGAAAGCCCUCUUAAACCUACUAAAGCUCCCAGGAGUCACCCAGGAGGUGAAGUUUGAUGACAGCGAUCGUCUGUGUCCUGAGCAUUUUCUAUACCUACGCAGCCAGCCUGUGGAUUACUUCAUUCUAAUUCUGCAGGGUACGGUGCAAGUGGAAAUUGGAAAAGAAGGGCUGAAGUUUGAGAAUGGAGCAUUCACCUACUAUGGUGUAGCUGCACUGAGUCCCUGUCUGUUAGGUCAUCAGUCCCCUGGUAUUCAAAACAGUCCUACAGAUUCCAGUUUCUACUAUCCAGACUACACUGUGAGAGCCUUGAGUGACUUGCAGAUAGUCAAGGUUAAUAGGCUGCAGUAUCUGAAUGCAGUGCGGAACUCCCACUCACACACCAACACCCAGUCUCCAGACAGCGUGGAGCUGAAGAUCCUGCCCAACAGCCAAAUGCAGCUGCUGAAUAACCGCAACAUGGAAUCAGGUAUGAAACAGCCCAUUACUUAAUCUCACACAUGUAACCGCUUUCCUUUUCUUGCAUCAUGUUCACGUUGUUAAAUGUAGAAACCAAUAGUGUUUGUACAUUCUAGAAAUAACCGUGUAUUCGGAUGGGCUGCUGAGUGUCAGCUAAAACUACCACUGGCAUACGCUGCAGGAUAUCCUAAGCUGUGGGAACCCUGAAUUCUGACUUACUUUUGGUCAGUGAUGGAUUAUAAUGCACUUUAAGGAAAAAGUCCCAAUGUAAAAACGUUUAUUGUCUCACCAGUAAUAUGUGGGGCCUGGAUGCCCCAGACCUACAGCUUGAAGUGGAGCUAUCCAAUCAAAAGAGAAAACGGCAGGCAUUCACAUAUCUCACAAACAGGCUUGUAAAAGAACUGAGAACUUUAUUUAGGCCACAAAGUAGAUCAACACAUAGCCUUAUGCGUUUCAUGCCAAUAGGCACUUAAUCAUAGGCUGUGCUGUACAGUAAUGAAUAACAACCAUAGAGACUAAAGCAAUGAUGUAAUUGGUCUGGCUUCCCCUGUCUGCUAAUAACAUAGUCAUUGAGUGGCCCUCCUUUUUUAUUUAAAGCAGAAAUAUCCUAGCAGGCCCUUUGCUGUUGGCUGUUUAAUCAUAACCUCAUAAGACAAUAGUGGUACCUAACAGAAUAAUAAAUUUUUUGGGGAUUUUCCCAGGAUCCACAUGCAAGAAAUAAUUUGAGCUGAAGUCUUGUUCGAUAUCCCAUACAUGAACAGGAAACCUGCUACUUUAAAGGAACAGUUUGUGUGAAAUAAAAACUGGAUAAAUAGCCUGUCCUGCUUUUCAG